AUGAGGCUCAAAAUCUACAGCGCCUUCCUCUUUGCGCCGCUCGCGAUGGCUGUUUGCUACUACCCCAAUGGCUACAGCGAGUCCAGCGCCGAAUACCAGCCCUGCUACAAUGACACAGGCCGCACGAGCAUGUGCUGUGGAUUCAACCGGACCAAUCCUUCAGGCGGCAGUAGGUCUGAUGGUGCCACGGCCGAUAUAUGUCUCCCAAAUGGAUUGUGUGAGAACGACUGGACCACCACCGAUGACAAUGGCACGACAACUAUGAACACGGCAUAUUUCCGGGAUCAAUGCACGGUUUCCGACUGGACGGACGCUGGUUGCUUGAACGUGUGCACCUCACAGACGAACCCAGGCAUCGGCAGCUCCAGCGAUUGGGCCAUCCUGACGCCCUGCGAUGGCACAUCAAACUCAAGCACCUGGUGCUGUGGAAGCGGCAACACCACUUGCUGCGAUACCGCCGAGGCCAUAACACUGGCCCAGGUCUUUUCUGGCACAGCCACGACCACAGCUACCACCAGCAGCUCGACUUCAUCUGCAACCUCAACCAUCACCUCCUCCUCCUCCGCCGCCUCUACGUCGUCUACUUCCACGUCUACCCCAUCACCAUCCUCAGCACCCUCCGAACUCUCCAGUGGCGCCAAAGCCGGAGUCGGGGUUGGCGUUGCCGUAGGAGGCAUAGCAAUAAUCUUUGGCGUGUUAUUGUUCUUCCUGCGCAGGAGGCAAAGGACUGCCAGUCAUCCAAGUGCGAUGGGCUAUGCGCGACCUCCCCCGCCGCCACCAGAUGAAUUACUAGUCAAGGAGCCGGUACAGGAGCUGAACUCGACUGCUUAUCACGAGAUGGAUUCUUUGCCGAUGAGGGUCGAGUUGGAUGGCAUGUCGGCUGGGGGGAAUAAUCAAUCAAUAUGA